ACUUAGGUGUGAGGAUCACAAACCAAAAACAUAAUCGUGAUUCGUAUUUCCUGGAGAACACACCUUGAAACACCCCUUCCCGGGGGGGAGUAAAGACAGCUGUAGAAUGAGGUCAGUCAUAUUCCCUGACGCCCAAUCUGGAUGCAGAUAUGGGGAUACAGCAGGUUAUGUCGUGUUUACACUAGUAUGAAUGUCUCCAAUACAAACAAAGGUGUCCGCAUGACCUACUUUAGCGACUGGCGACGAGCGACCGGCAUCGCAAAGGCUGAAGAUCUAAGCACGAUAUAUCAUCGCUUGUUCGAGGACGGGACUCGUUGCGCUGUGUCACGGCUACUCUCUCCAUCAUUCCGCUGGGCGUCAAAGGCAAAACAGCGGUGACACCUUGUAUGGCAAAGCCAACAGCUGCAGUGGUAGUCUGACGUGCGGUUCAUGUAAUCUGCAUCGUGUGAUGGUUGUGGCUGGAUAAUAUUACUUACAGAGGAAACGCAUCUAUCAUAAUGUUACAACGUACCGACAUUGAUGGAAUCUGAGAACAGCGCGUUGAGGAAAGUACAUCUUAAUCCGCAUCCCCAGUCCAUCACUUACUUACCCGGCAUAAUCCUGUGUUGACCUCGCGUGUUGAUACAUAUUAGUUCACGUGACCUCUGCAGUGACAGGCGAUUUUCAGUGACCCAAAGUUGAGUGUCUGGACCUUCGUGAAAGAUGAAACGUGGUGACGGCAGGAAUGGAGCUAUCCUCGAGGAUAACCAGCUGGUUUCAGUGACCGAUGCGCCACAAACAUCUAUAGACGAGGAGGGCGGGGCAAGGCUACAAGGAUCAAGUUGCUGUGCGCAAAGAUGGCUUCUGGCACUCGUGGGUUGUUUCGGGGGCAUCAUGCUGGAGUCCGGGCGGUCAAACUUCAGCAUGGCCAUCGUGUGCAUGGUCAACGACACCGACAGCAACGCCAUCAACGCCACCAACGUCUCCAACAGUUCGUCAGCAAUAAAUGAGGUACCUGAGCAUGCAGAGUUUUACUGGUCGAAGAGGGUGCAGUCUGGGAUGCUCAGCGCGUACUUCUACGGUUUCAUCGUCAUACAAAUACCAGGGGGCUGGUUGGCUGGAAGAUAUGGCGGGAAAUACGUCAUGUUUAUCGGGAUGCUGAUUGGUUCGAUAGCUACUUUGCUUCUACCAAUCGGAGCCCGGACCUCUGAAUACCUUGUGUACGUGCUGCGGGCGUUUGUCGGCAUUUCUCAGGGGGUGUACAUGCUGACUAUGCAGUCCCUUUUGGGAAGAUGGGCGCCGCCAUUAGAGAGGACAAAGCUGAUAGCUGUUUCCUUUGCGGGUCCGAAGAUUGGGAGCAUUGCAGUCUUCGCCACGUCUGGGUAUCUGUGCAAGUACGGUUUCGACAAUGGAUGGGCUUCCAUGUUUUAUAUAACAGGUGGGAUAACGUUGCUAUGGUGUGGGGCGUGGUUCUGCACCGUCGCCAGCACCCCGUCUCAGCACCCCCGGAUCUCACAGCGAGAAAGAAACUACAUUACGAGGAGUAUUGGGGAGAAAGAAUCGAGUCCACCAACGCCAUGGGUGGCAAUGUUGACGUCUCCAGCGACGUGGGCGUGCCUAACCGGACAAGUUUGUUUUAAUUGGACGUCAUACACACUAACGACCAUCACACCCACGUAUCUUAAAGAAGUGCUGAACUUCGAUAUUGCUGAGAACGGGCUUCUGGCCUCCAUCACCUUUGCUAGCCAGGCUGUGUCCUCUGUGGUCGCCGGUCAGUUGGCGGACUACCUCCGGUCAAGGAAAUACCUCACCACGACGGCCACACGGAGGAUCUUCCAAACUAUCGCGUUCCUGGGAGCAGGUGUCUGUCUGAUAGGAACUGGGUUCGUGGAUGCUGAACGCCGCUAUGUCGCUAUAGCUCUGCUGACAACAGCCAUGUGGUUUAUGGGGGUGUCGACGGCAGGGUACCUCGUCAACUUUGUCGACUUCGCCCCAAGAUAUGCUGGUAUACUCGUCGGGGUCUCAAGCACUGUCUCCACAUUGCCAGGAAUGGUAGCGCCGCUCAUCGCCGGAGCUUUGACCCCUAAUAAAACCCAGGAAGAAUGGCGAAACGUGUUCUACGUGUGUGGGGGGUUCUGUGUCCUGGGGACUGUGGUGUUCGGCACCCAGGCCCGGGGGGAGCUGCAGCCCUGGGCCGUGGACCAGGUGGAGGUGGUCGGGGGGGAGGGGGAGGGGGAGGGGCAGGGAGUGCCGAUGUUGAACACGGUCGCCUAUAUCAAAGAUGACAGCUGUGAUACAAUCAGAGACGCUAUUUCAUCUGACAAGAAUAUAAAAGAAGUUGUUUCUUAA